CACAGACUGUAAAAGGAGAGAGUUUAGAGACCACCAGAAGAGUCUUUUGUACAGGUUGUCUUCACUAGCAUGGCUAUCUAUCAGUCAGCCCCAGCAAAUGUUUGCGCCUGGAUUGGGCCGCUAUUCAAAGCUGCAUGUAUUAGCUUCGUUGGUUUCCUUGCUGUAAAGAUGUGGCAGAGGUUCAUGAGGUCAGAGAGCUACUCAAAGGGAGAGGCCCUCACACAGAGCACAGGACAGGCUCCUCCACGUGGUCCCCACUCAGGUGAAGGUGACCCUGAUGCCAAGGCUUCUGAAUCCUUUACAGCAGAACUCACAGACCAGACCUCCAUCAGUAAGGAUGGAGACAGCGAGGAGCCACUCCUAAAUGUGGGCGGAGAAGAUGGCCUCAGCCCGCUGGAGGAAUCACCAGACAAACAGGACUGCGACAGUGCACUGUGUGUGUCAGAAGGCAGUCGCAAGGCUUUAUACCACAAAGCAAUCUGUCUGAGGGAGUUGGGACGACUCAGAGAAGCGUACGAAUGUCUCCUCACAGCACCACAUGACAGGCAGUUGACUGAACUGGCUCAGGAUCUGGCCACUAAACUGGGCCUGAAGGGCCGUAAGGCUUACGUCAGCCCACAGACGGAGUCCACGGCCACAGAAGGGGAGAAUUGUGGAGAGACUUCCCCACCCACAGGAGAGGCUAUGGAUCCUGAAAGACAGAAACGAAGAGAGGAAAUUCAGAAAGCCAUGAGCUUUAUUCAGUCAUCAUUGCCUUUCCCAGAGCCAGAGAGUUAUGAGGCAUUUCUGACCCAGUUGGUGUGUAACUUGCUGGACGAGGGCAAUUCCUGCUUUCGAGAUGGAGACUGUCGUCAGGCAACCCAACAGUAUGGGGAGGGGAUCAGUGUUGCCCGCUACGCUCAGGCUGAGGCCCUAGUCAUCCCCAGCGAGCUGCUGGAGAGCCUGUAUGUCAACAGGGCAGCUGCCUGCUACCAGACGAGGGAGUUUGAGCGUGGUGUUCAGGACUGCGACAGUGCACUGUGUGUGUCAGAAGGCAGUCGCAGGGCUUUGUACCGCAAAGCGAUCUGUCUGAGGGAGUUGGGACGACUCAGAGAAGCCUACGAAUGUGGAACCAAAUGUCUCCUCACAGCACCACAUGACAGGCAGGUGACUGAACUGGCUCAGGAUCUGGCCACUAAACUGGGCCUGAAGGGCCGUAAGGCUUACGUCAGCCCACAGACAGAGUCCACGGCCACAGAAGGGGAGAAUCACGGAGAGACUUCCCCACCCACAGGAGAGAUGUCCUCCAAUGGGCUGGAAUCUCUGGGUGACAUUGGACCAGCGGACCUGGCUAAUGCGCAGUGUAUCCCUGCUCCCUUGGCCACACCCAUCCCAGUCAGCGAUGACCCAGCGUCCACUGUGGUGACCCCAUGCACUGACCUGUCAGAGAGCCCCAGCAGCCAGGGCCUGCCUCCCAUGCCGUACUCCGUACCUGUAUCGGAGCACAUGGAUGAAUGCAGCAGCAGUGUCAUGAAGGACGAGCUAGACAGUCUGCUGGAGUGCAUCCCUAAGAAAGUCAGUGAGAGUCCAGUUCAGGGUGCUAUCCCAACCAACCUCCCCAACACAGCGGUGGGUCUCCGGCCUCCAUACUCCCCAAGCCUUCCAGCCCCGUCACCCCAGCUGCCCCCAGCCUUCUUCAGCUCCUCCAUCGGUGACAUGCCCACUCUGGAGCCCUACCCGCAGCUGGCCCAGCGGGACCAGGGCUCUACCCAGGCGCAGGACGCACUGGGAGGCUUCUCCACAGAUGGAGAAGGGAAGUCAGGAGUCGCUGCUGGCGGGCUGGAUUCGUUGUCUGAGUACACUCUCCCUGGGGGACGAGUGUGUCACAGCUUCAUCCCUGGAAUGCGCAACCACAGUGCUGCACAUGCAAAUGGUCCAGCAGGAACCAACCUGUCCCUGCUCUCCAGGAAUCCUCUGGCAGCCACACAUGAGUUCCGGCAGGCCUGUCAUGCCUGUUACAGCCGAAUAGGUCCACGAGUGAUGGACUACAAGUAUCAGCCAGAGGCAGCACACCGCUGCAAGAGGGAUGUGCUGCUGUGCCGCCUCAAAAACACAGAUGACCCCACCUGGAAGAGGAUUCGGCCAAGGCCUGCACGGAACAACUUCCUGGGGGCAUUUGUACUCUGUAAAGAGGUGCAAGAGCGUCAGGAGUGCCAGUAUGGGGAGAACUGUACGUUCGCUUACUGCCAGGAAGAGAUUGAUGUGUGGACCCAGGAGAGGAAGGGAGCCCUGAGCCGGGAGCUGCUGUUUGACCCGCUGGGCAGCACAGAGAGACGGGCGCUCAGCGUCACCAGACUGCUGCAGCUCCACAUGGGCAUGUUCAUGUUCCUCUGUGAGGAAUGUUUUGACAGUAAGCCUCGCAUCAUCAGCAAACGCAGCAAAGAAAACUUAGCAGUCUGCUCAAACCUCACAGCUCGACACCCGUUCGACGACAACAAGUGCCUGGUGCACGUGGUGAGGUCAGCCAAUGUGCGCUACAGUAAGGUGCGUCCCCUGCACCCUCUCUGCCAGUUCGACGUGUGUCGCCACGAGGUUCGCUACGGCUGCCAGCGUGAGGACAGCUGCUCCUUUGCUCACUCUGUCAUAGAGCUCAAAUGCUGGGUCCUGCAGCAGGAUACUGGUAUCACCCAUGAAGAGAUGGUGCAGGAGUCCAAGAGACACUGGCAAAGGCUGGAGCAGAACGCACAGAAGCAGCAGAAGCCUAUCCAUAUUCCCCAUCCGAGCAGCAGCAUACCUGCAGGAGGAGUAGGGGGAAUGGGAGGUGGGGGUGGAGGAGUCGGUGGAGAUGGCAUGGGUGGGGGUGGUGUGGGCCCAGUGAGCGGGUUGGGUGUGGGAGGGUUAGGAGCAGGGAUGGGUCGAGGACGCCCCCUCAACCUGAAAAUGAAGUUUGUGUGCGGGCAGUGCUGGAGGGAAGGGCAGGUCAAUGAGCCCGACAAGAACCUCAAGUACUGCACUGCCAAAGCACGGCACAGCUGGACCAAGGAGCGUCGGGUCCUGCUGGUGAAAUCUUUCGAGAAGAAGAAGUGGGUUGUCGUUCGGCCUUUGCCUUUCUCCCGCACCUAUCCACAGCAAUAUGACAUGUGUGUGCAUGUGAUGAAGCAGAAGAAGUGCCACUAUAUUGGGAACUGCUCAUUUGCUCACAGUCUGGAGGAGAGGGACGUCUGGACGUACAUGAAGAACAACAGCUUGAGAGACAUGCAACAGAUGUACGAACUGUGGCUGCAGCUCACCAAUCAGAGUAGACGCACAGAUAGCUCUGCAGUGACCCCGCCCCCAGAAGACAAGCAGGUCACCAUAACAGCAGAUUACACAGAAGGCAUGGGAGGCCGGCGGUUGUCAGACGGGGACGAUCUCUGAGUGUAGCUGUGUUGACUCGAGGCAGCUGAUCGCCACUGAGCUGCAGACAAAGAGACGGGCCUGCCACACCAGCUACAACUGAACAGUCUGUCAUCUUGCCAGUCUGACCUCCUCUAACAUCUAGCCAGCAGUGUGAGAACAGAUGGACACACAAUGAAAGGGUCGACCCCACCACCACAUUAAUACACACACACAUACAAACACUUCCACACAGCACAUGAUGCACAAAUCACAGGCACCGCUUAACACAGAGAGAGCUUUGUAAGUGAAAAUACAGGACUUGGAUUUGUGUUUUACUGUCAUGCUGCAGUUACACUCAGCACAUUUAGGUUCCCCUUCAGCAGAUUAUACCGCAGAAAUUCCACAGACAACUAGUUUUGCUCUGACUAAAAUAAUCACCUAGUUUCCCUAGUGCUCUUUGGACUGAGUAUCUGUGUCCACCACCACCUCUUUUUAAAAACAAAAUCCUCACAGCACUGAAACAAUUCUUGUGGGCGCGCUGGUCGCAGCUCUUAAAUUUUGCUUGGUGAUAAUUUAAGAAAUGAAUUGAAGCUCGGUACUCAUACGCUAAAAGUUGAAAUUUUAACUUUGGAGUGCCAAAAACACCAAGCCUACAGUGCUGGCGAUGGAAACAGAGACUUAACCUAUGAAGCAUUGUAAAAAGAGGUUGUUGGUGGACACAAGCCGUUAAGCUGCAUAACAACCAAAUCCUCCUCUCCUUCCUUGGUGGGAAUAUUGUGAGAGGGUCAAAAUAACUUACCUGAGAUUAAUAAUUUAGAGCAUAAUUUUUUUGUUUCAAGGGGAGUUGUACUUCCCUGUUAUAUUGUCUGCCAUAUUGGUAGAAUGCUAUGAAUGUAAUGCCUGCAAGGGCCUUUAAAACUAGGAAAUUAGUCAUUUAAAACGUUGCUGUGGUUGUGGAAUGUAUGCAAGUAUACUUAACAUGCCCCAAAACAAACUUGUGUAACACGAUAGCCCCCCCACCCCCCCGGUGUGAAGACCUAUUGAUAGCUGGAUAUGUAAACAAACCAAGCGACCCUGCAUGGGACCCGCGGAGACACGCACACACACUCACAUAAUAACCUUGUAGUUGCUGUCAGCUGACGUCCAGGUGACUCAAAACAUGCUUGAAUGUCAGCUCCUCUCAGGUUGACAUAAACACCUGUGGCUAAAGUACACGUGGCUAAUGGCUCAGAGCAGCUGUUGCCAAAGCGACCAUCAUGUACUUGAAACUAUUGGUAAGGAGCUGGCAGGUGUGAAGCUGGUGUAGGAGUCAGAGCAAUGACUGCAGCAUAUGAACAGUCCUUGCUAGAGUGGCUCUCAGCAUUAGAUCAGUUCAGACCGCAGAUGCCCAUUAAAAAAAUGAUGACCUCACUUGGACUGAAGCAUAGUGAAAAUACUGCCCGUGCAGACGACUUAAGUUGUGGGAAGAAAAAGAUGAGUUUUGUAAUAGU